AUAUAAUAUAAAAAAAAAUUACAAUAGGGAUGAAUUUACCGGUUAGAGCCGCCAAGUUAGACUCUGCAAUUUGAACUUUUUAUUUGAAUCCUUUAUUUUAAAUAAAUAAAAAAGUUUGACUCUGCAAUUUAGUAUUUAAUGUAUAAAACCACAUGCUCAUUUACAUUGGUAUUUGCUUACUUAAAAAAUAAAAAGAUUAUUGUUGUAUUGUGUGAGAGAGAGGGUUCAUAUCCAUAAUGAGGCAAUGUAUUUUGUGUUCAGCACUUGUUGUUAUUGCUCUUUGUGUCUUCACCAGUUUGUUUAACUUUACACAAGCACAACCUCAAACUGCUACUACAGAUCCUUAUGAGGCUGGAGUUAUAAAUUCAAUAUUUAGGAAAUGGAGAAUAUCAGCAGAUAAAACUUCAUGGAACAUAAGUGGUGAGAUUUGUAGCGGAAAAGCCAUUGAUACCAUCACUUCCAUUGGAGAUAAUAUUUAUAACCCUUUCAUCAAAUGCGAUUGUUCCUUCAACAAUCAAACUACUUGCCACAUUACCUCACUGAAAGUGUCUGCAUUGGACGUGGUUAGUGAAAUUCCACCUGAGUUAUGGACUCUAAAUCAUCUCACCUUAUUGAACCUUGGCCAAAAUUACUUGACAGGGUCUAUACCUCCCGCGAUUGGAAAUCUGACUCGUAUGCAAUACAUAAGCUUUGGCAUCAAUGCUUUGUCAGGAGAGCUUCCAAAGGAAUUGGGAAAUCUUACUCAGCUGGUUUCAUUGGCUUUUGGGGGUAACAAGUUAUCAGGGUCUUUGCCAUCUGAACUUGGGAAGCUGGUAAAUCUACAAUCAUUCUACAUGGAUAGUUCUGGAAUCAGUGGUCCAAUUCCACAGACAUUUGCAAGCCUUAAGAAUAUGUUGCUAUUAUAUGCUUCAGACAAUAAUCUCACUGGUAGAAUACCCGACUUCAUAGGAGGUUGGUCUAAGCUUCAAAACUUGAGGUUUCAGGGUAAUUCUUUUGAAGGUCCAAUACCCUCAUCAUUUUCCAAUUUGACUUCUUUGUCAGAAUUGAGAAUAAGUGGUUUAUCUAAUGGUACGUUGAAUGUAAUAAGGAACAUGAAGUCUAUACAAAUCUUAGAAUUGAGAAAUAACAAUAUUUCUGGUUCAAUUCCUUCCACCAUAGGAGAAUUUCAAAAUUUGACCCUACUGGACUUAAGCUUCAAUAAAAUCUCAGGACAAAUACCUGGAUCAAUUUUCAAUUUGAGUUCACUCACUUCCUUGUUUCUUGGAAAUAACACACUUAGUGGCACUCUCCCUCAGCGGAAAAGUUCAUUUCUUAACAACAUAGACUUGUCAUACAAUGAUCUAUCAGGAAUCCUCCCUUCUUGGACAAACGAGCCAAGUUUACAACUGAACGUAGUUGCCAAUAACUUGACAAUAGUAAAUUCAAAUACCAGUGGUUUGCCUACUGGGCUCAACUGUCUCCAGAAAAAUUUUCCAUGCAAUCGUGGUGCUGCAAGAUAUUCUGACUUUGCGAUCAAGUGCGGUGGUCCACAAAUUACAACUACAGAUGGAAUUGUGUAUCAAACGGACAAUGAGACACUUGGUCCUGCUACAUACUUUGUUACUGAUACAAAUAGAUGGGCUGUUAGUAAUGUUGGAAUGUUUUAUGGGAGUAGCGAUCCUCGUCUGUUCAAAAAUUCUAUUACAAAUCAGUUCACUCGUACUGUGAACUCAGAGCUUUUUAAAACUGCCCGGCUCUCUGCAUCAUCAUUAAGAUAUUACGGUCUGGGGCUAGAAAAUGGUUUUUACAACAUUACCCUCCAAUUUGCAGAAACAGAUAUUCUAGAUUCUACUUCUACCACAUGGAAAAGCCUCGGGAGACGAGUCUUUGAUAUUUAUAUCCAGGGGACUCCUGUUUUGAAGGAUUUUGACAUACAAAAAGAAGCUGGAGGUGUGUCUUUCAGAGCUGUUCAAAAGCAAUUUAGGUCUGAAGUGAAAGAAAACUAUCUUGAGGUCCAUCUCUUUUGGGCCGGAAAAGGGACUUUGGCUAUACCUGGCCCUGGCCAAAUUACUUAUGGGCCCUUGAUUCAAGCCAUUAGUGCUACCCCAGAUUUCGUACCUACUGUCAGCAAUGAACCUCCCAGUUCCAGCAGUAAAAAGAAUAGUGUGGGUCUAAUCAUUGGAAUUGUUGUGGGUGUUGGAGUUAUUGGCUUACUAGCAGUUUUGGUCAUUUUCUAUAUCAUUCGGAGAAGAAAACAAUAUGACGACGAUGAUGAGCUUGUAGGCAUUGAUACGAUGCCAAACACUUUCAGCUAUUAUGAGUUAAAAAAUGCUACUAGCGACUUCAAUCGUGACAAUAAACUUGGAGAGGGGGGUUUUGGACCUGUUUAUAAGGGGACACUUAAUGAUGGAAGAUUAGUGGCUGUAAAACAAUUAUCUAUAGGAUCCCAUCAAGGAAAGAGCCAGUUUGUAGCUGAGAUUGCUACUAUAUCUGCUGUGCAACACCGUAAUCUUGUCAAAUUAUAUGGAUGUUGUAUUGAAGGGAGUAAAAGACUUCUUGUCUACGAGUAUUUAGAAAAUAAAAGUCUUGAUCAAGCAUUGUUUGGAAAUGGUUUAUUACUCAAUUGGUCAACCCGCUAUGAUGUUUGUAUGGGUGUUGCAAGAGGUUUGACAUAUUUACAUGAGGAGUCACGGCUCCGGAUUGUGCACCGCGAUGUGAAAGCUAGUAAUAUUCUACUCGAUUCUAAGCUUGUCCCAAAAAUAUCUGACUUUGGCUUGGCCAAAUUAUAUGACGAUAAAAAAACGCAUAUAAGCACCCGUGUUGCUGGGACGAUUGGAUAUCUUGCACCGGAGUAUGCCAUGCGUGGACACCUCACAGAGAAAGCGGAUGUUUUUUCCUUUGGUGUUGUGGCUCUUGAGUUAGUUAGUGGGAGGCCAAAUUCCGAUCCAAGUUUGGAAGGAGAAAAGAUGUAUCUUCUAGAAUGGGCUUGGCAGCUUCAUGAAAAGAACUGUAUAAAUGAUCUGAUAGAUGCUAGACUAUCAGAAUUCAACACGGAAGAAGUCCAACGCGUUGUGAAAAUAGGACUUUUGUGCACUCAGACAUCACCAAACUUACGGCCAUCAAUGUCACGUGUAGUGGCAAUGCUUUCAGGAGAUGUUGAAGUGAGUGUUGUAAUAUCAAGGCCCGGAUACUUGACUGACUGGAAAUUUGACGAUGUUAGCAGCAUCCUGACUGAUGUUUCAACGGCUGGGUUUGAAUCAAGUUAUUACAAUUCAUCAUCAAAUACCAGCAUAGUUGGUGGUAGUGCAUAUAUUAAUUCACCAAAUGAUCCAUCUAAAUCCAUCCUUCAUUAGACUGUUAGAGAUGGUAGGUAAAAAUUUGUGUAUUCUUAUGCAAAGCUUGAUGUACAAAGAAUAUUUCUUUAUGCAAGAAAGGAACAUUCCUACUGUCUUUUCAUUUCUUGUAAGUCAUCAAUGUUGAUAAUUCUUUUCCUAUAUAAAUAGGUCAUACCACAAGUAAUAAAAAUAAGAAUAUUUUGGUUAAAAA